AAAGAAAAGCAUGACAUGUAAGAGCAUUAGAUGGUUCAUAUGAUAUUGGUACUGCCAUAAUGAAAAGCAUGCUAGUAACCAGCAAAGGUUGUCUGGUCUGGUCCCCCAAACCCAUCAAACUCACAUUAUAAAGUGUGGUCAUGCUUCUAUGUCUACUUAUUUGUUUUCUUCUAAAACGAGCAUAAAGACAUGGACCCCUUUUUACUUCAAUUCAAGAUUCUCCUCCACUCACUUGAUCUGACUCAGUACCAAACCAUCUCUUUUGAGUUGACUCAGCAAGAUAGGUCAAAUAUCAAUGUACAACAACAAUAUUGAGAGGAUCAGAAACCCUAGUACUAUUUGUCAGGAACUGAUCUCUUUAACUGUAUUACUACUCCCUUUUGACCACCCAAUUCUGUCUGUUCUUCAAUGAUUUUGAUCUUUUACCCACCACCACUCUUGAAUUUCCACCCACUGAAUUAAAAAAGUAGCAGUUAUUAUACGUCUUUUUUUUUUUUACAGGUUUAGGGUUUAUGGGUUCGAGAGUUCUUUCGUUUUCCAUGUGGGUAUACUGUCCUAUUCCUAUGCUCCAGCUUCUUCAAUUCUCCAUGCAAUAAAUUUUCUAAUACUUCUGGUAGUUAAACAUUUGAUCCAUUCAAUUAAACCAUAGGCAUAGCAGCUGGUGUAUAUAUUUAUAAUAUACACCAACAUCCUCAUCAUAUAUAGUCUGUCUUUUAAGUGUGUGUUUGAGUAUGAACAUGAACAUGAAGGAAACUAAGAACAUGAGGAGGUUGAUCAUGUGCCGGUCGCUUGACGCGACAACGUCUUGCAUGAUCCCCGAUUGUCGGUCUGUUAUUCGAUCACGGAGGUCGAGUGAUCAAACACUGGUUGAGCACACUAGGUUGUUGAGUAACACUAAGUACAUUCGACUCGCAGAGGGUCGUGGCUACGUUGUGCCUGCAAGUAGGAGAUCAUUUUCGUCGUCUUCGUCAGCCGCUAACGCUAACGGUGUGAAGCUGGACCAGAAUGGCCUCCCGUUAUCGUCCACCAAACAAGUCUUUCAGGUGGUGGUGAUGAGGGUAUCCAUUCAUUGUCAAGGGUGUGCUGGUAAGGUCAAGAAACAUUUAUCCAAAAUGGAAGGAGUGACGUCGUUUAGCGUUGAUCUGGAGACCAAGAGGGUAACAGUGAUGGGACACGUGUCACCAGUGGCUGUGUUGGAAAGCAUGUCGAAGGUGAAGAAAGCUGAGUUUUGGGCUCCUAACUUAAUUUCUAUGUAACAUGUAACAUAAAAUUUAACUGGAUCCUCUUUCUAAAAUUAUGAUUGUAUUUUUACGUUUCUUUAUUAUUUAUUAAAUUGAAACUUAAAAGUGA